AGUUAAAAAGUGAAUUUUUGUAUCGUGGAUUCAAAUUAAAGACAUAACUGAACGUACACGAUCCGAAACAGACGUUAGUGUCAUUAACUGUGAGACGGAAAGUCAAGAUUUCUCUUUUACUCCAUCGUAUCCGAAUGUUCACUUCGCGUUGAAAUGCAGGAACCAAACGUGGCCCAGACGUACUCGCCCCUCAACAACACGUACAACAGAUCCUUCAUAUUCCAGCCCGCCCCUCCUUCAACCGCACCCCGAGCGCCCCACUGGGACGCUCAGUGGUCAACAUACCUCCAUCAGCCCUCGGACACAUUCCUUGGAUACCCUUCCUUCCAGUUCCCUGACCCUUACCAGCUGGCAGGCACCGUGUGUCAAAAGUUCGAACUGAGAACCAGUUCAAAUGAAGAACCCAUCAGUGGCGUCGAUAUGUUGGAAGAGGACAUCCCGUUGCCAGGUAACUGCGGGGACGUGUUUGAUAAGAACAUGCAAGGAAAAUGUACAUUCCAGGAACUGAACUUUAAUAUGUUUGACAGUCAAGACACUCUGAAUGCUGACACGCGUAGGAGACACCAACAUCAGAUCUACGAGAAGUUCGAGACGCCAGCGCUGUUUACAGCGGAAUCUGAGGAGACCGCCCGACAGAAUUCGAGAAGGUGCAAUCAGAAUCCCCAGAAAUGCGACGCAAAUCAGCAACAAAUUGCAGACCAUUUGAGAGGAGAUUCCGCACAAUUCGAAGACGGCGCCGGAGCGGAUUCCGAGACAGAUCAAGAACUCGACGGCUUCAACUUUGAGAAUGACGGAACAAUGUUGCAGGAAGACGGAAGUGGUUCUCGCCAACAGAUGACAGUCGGUGACAUCAAAUCGAUGACGCCGCUAAGCCACGGAGACGACCCCUUCGUCGAUGCAGAGGCCGUCGGCCGCAGGACAGCGGGUACAGAGAGGGAAUUUCUGCAGCAAAGACAAACACCGGCCUCAGUCUCUCAGAGCGGAUCUGAGACGCAGAAGACGGAGCCGAAAGCCCGAAAGGAGCGCACAGCCUUCACUAAGCUCCAGGUCCGUGAGUUGGAGGCGGAGUUCGGACAUUCGAACUACUUGACGAGGCUCCGCAGGUACGAGAUCGCCGUAGCGCUGGAUCUCACGGAGCGACAGGUGAAAGUUUGGUUCCAGAACAGACGUAUGAAGUGGAAAAGGACUAAAGGCGGACAUGACAGAGGAGGGCGAAGACAGUCGGCAACCUGCAGGAAGAAGACUCUGGUUGCGGGUGACACUCCGGACCAAUAAUCCUUAACAUGAAAACGUUCGCUUCUGUCUCUAAACUAAAGAUAUCUCCUUGAUAUAGAAUGGUCGAAAGGUCACGCAACCACAGGUAUAUUUUGGUUGAUGAUUGUAAUUUAACAGAAUUCUAUUGGCUUAUUAAACAAAUAAAAUGUCGAUGUGACUACAUUAAAGUCCACGCAGGUCGCGUCAUGUCGUAACCUGCUCGCGCCAGACCGUCAGUUGUCUCUCAACAGUCGAAGUGCUAGGAUGUCUUUUUCACAAGAGCAAAGAGUGUUCAUUGUCGAACGCUGCCUGGCGUCUCGUUCUUAAUUAACUUGUCAGAAUGAAUUUAGGGACACGUCUCCCGAUUCUCCUGUGCCAAACAGAUCCACAGGAUCUCGUCUGGUGAUAAGAAUAAUAAAUGCAUUAAUCGCUGAAUGCGAUGGCGAUUUCAAGCACUUCGCAUGACAAUGAUUCUUUUGUUUCCUCGUGUAAAUUCAAUUUAUUUUUUGACAAGUAUAACACGUGUCACGAACGGGUUUCGUGACUUUUCGAUCACCCUGUAUUUGAUGAAUGCUUAAAGAAACGCAGAGGGCAUACGUCCUUUGUGUGUGUCCGAACAUUAACACUUGUUUUAUCAUAGGCUAUACGUUCAAUACCGCGAACAAAGACAAUACUCAGCGACGCUGUUGAGACCCUUAUGAAAAGUCAUGUACUCUUUUGCCUUCAAGGGUUCUUGGCACAGAAACCAAAGUUUAACAACAGACACGUAUGACGUAAUUGCAGUUUGUUUAACUACGUCAAGUUUUCGGCUCAGUGUUAAAAAUUAGGGGAGACUGUGACACGUUGGGACAAUUCUAGUGAUCGACUUUUCCUACUUGCGAGAAUUAGUUUAAAACACCCAAUUUUUUUACUGUUGGAUUACUUAUUUAUUAUUGAAAAAUUAUUUUCUACUUGCUCUGAAAUCAUUAAAAAUUGACUAAAACAGAAAAAAAAAAUAUAGACGAUAAUUAAGUCUCUUAAUGUACAACACAUUAUUGUGUAUUACAAAAUAAGAAAUCUACAGCAAAUGUCACUUGGAUAAGCAAUGAAUAAAGACGUUGAAGUUU